CACUGGAAGCGAAAGAGAAAUGUCAAUGGAAAACCCCAAAAACCCUAGAAAAUGGCGGUUUACAUGGGAAGCCCAAUCUCAUUCUCCGAUUCUCCGUUUAUUCCUCUUCGAUUCGCAAAUAAAACCUUCGGUUCAGUGCAAGAACCUCAAAGUUCAGCUCAAUCUCUUUCAAUCUCAGCUUCUCGUUUCGUGGCUCAAAGAGGAGGAGGAGGAGGAAGAGGUGACGGUUAGGGUUCCGAUUCCUAGAGUUUUGAUCGAUUCUGAAUCUCCGGUGAGUUUUCGAGCUUUGGAUGAUCACAUUGAGGUCAAGCUCGUUUUGCUUCUCCCGGUUGGUCAUCCUAUCGUUUCAAGCUUUGAUUCGGUGUUGAAUUCGUCUGAAAAUGGCGAUGAUGCGCUCGCACCGGAUGCAGCAACGCCGCUAGUGAUGGAUACUGAUUUGAAGAGUCUGUCAUCAAUUGAAGAAGGAGUGCAUUUCUACUGCAGAAAUUGCUCAAUUAGGCUGACAAAAAAUCCUCUUAGAAAUUUUGUGGACAUGCCUUCGAUUGACUGGCGAGAAGUGGCUGAUAAUUGGUUUGGAGCUUGCUGUUGUUCAUUUGGGGGUAUAAGUGAGAAGAUGGUGACUAGAUUUGCAAAUUCCUAUACAUGUGCUAAAGGUGUGGGCCUCUUGAGCUUUACCACCGUUGUUCUUAGCAAGGAUGACUUGGUGGCAUGUAAACUUUAUAAUAGAACUCAAGAACACCAGCCUGGAUCAGAUUUUUCUAGUGACUGUGUUUCGAGUGAUGAAAUGUUAAGUUCUCGAGAGAGCACAAAUGAUUUAUGUGGGAACCUGAGCUCCAUGCAUCUUAAGAAUGAUAGUGUUACUACAAAUGUGCUAGUUACUAAGGAGGAAGCAAAUGGUCAUAAAUUAUUUUCUGCAUUACCUGUACUGGAUGUGUCUGAAAAUGAGACAUCAGUGCUAGGUUGUUGUGUUCAUACAGAAAAUCACAUUCGAAAUCAUGUUGAUGAAGGUGGCCCACACAAUGUUUCUGAAACUUGCCCAGUGGACGAAAACGCUUCAAAGCUCUUGGCUAAUCAGAAAUUGUUCCUUAAUGGUUCUCUUGGAAAUGCUUUUAUGGCUAAAUCCUACAAUCUCUCAAUGGAUAUUGAGUGGAUGGAAUUUGUAUGCCCUAACUGUUUAUCGCUUCUCGGAGCUUAUCCUUUUGAUAAUGGUGGUGCACCUAUAGAUGGUGGCGUUCGACUCUUUAAAUGCUACAUUUCCACUUGUACAUCAGCUGGUGGAUUGGAUGAUCUGUUCAGGAAAUACAGCUUGGAAAGAAUGUUCACAAAUCAGCUGCUGGAAAAUGCAAAAGAUGAAUUAUCAUUUCGAACUGUGGUUAGAGAUUUAAAAACCAAGUCUCCCUUGUUGCAAAUUGUUCUGUUAAAUCCAAAUUCUUGGUGCUGUUCUGGUUAUUGUUUGGACUCAGCCAGUGCAAUGGAAUCUAGUUUGAAGUUAGAUUUACUCCCUGUUAUCAAGGUGCUCUUUUGUGAUUGCAGUGAAUCUGCAGCAUCUCAGUUAAGGUUAUGUGAAGAUUGGAUAGCAAGGAAUUUAGCUGAUGUGGUUUGCAUGUUUACACGGCAAGUAGAUGAGUUGAUUCAAUCUCUAGCAUCAGCAAAAGAUAUACUUCCGCCUUCAUAUAAUUUUCUCCAGGAUUUACCUGUUUCAUCCUUGCAGCGGUAGAGAUGGUUGCUGGUUUGAUGAUGGCUUUGAUCGUCUUUUCCUCCUCCUCAGCUCCAUCUUCCUUCGUUUUGGUCUUCUUCCUGUUGAGAAAUUCGAUGAGACCAUUGAGUGCGGCUUUCGGCUCAUCACUGAUCAU